AUUAUCAAAAAGGUCCACUCUUAAUUUACAAUUCACUCACACUCACUAGUGGUCUCUCUCUCUCUGCUCCACAAAUGGCCGUAGCUACAACCUUAUCACCGUCGCUACAUUUCAUCAAUGGUUCACACAGAUUUGUCUCUGCAGCUCCUUUGUCUUUUAGCUCUAUCUUCCUCCGCCGUCGUAUCCGCCGCCUGAAUCGCUCAUUCGCUUCGUACCGUAGCUCUCAGUCGCGUAGGCGAUAUGAUUCAGACGAUCGAUUCUUUGGCGGGUACGAGUACGAUGUGGUUCCCGAUGAGGAUGACGAUGACGGUGAUGAAGAAGACGAGAGAGAGAGCAGCCUCGAUCUUUUGAUCAGAUUCUUGAGAAGCAUGUUCAAGAAAGUCUCGAAACGUGCUAAGAAAGCAUCGCGUCGGGUUUUGCCAGCAGCCAUGUCUCCUCGACUCGUGUCUUUUGCAGUAGAUGGGAUAUUGCUAUUGGGUUCACUUUCUAUAACAAGAGCGUUUCUUGAGGUAAUAUGCAAUCUAGGAGGAACCGUGUUUACGGUGAUUCUGCUGAUCAGAUUGUUCUGGAAGGCAGCUUCCUUCUUCCAGACUUAUGGGAGCUCUUUUGGACCAAACCCGUUUGGGUGUGAGGUGUUGUAACUGAUCAUCUUGGACUUGUAGCUUCGAUGUGUUGAGUAAAAAUGUAUGAUAGUUGUGUACAUGUCGCUGGAGAGUUAUCUAAGUGAUCAAUAGUUAGAGAAGACGAAACUAUGAAGUUAAAAGAAUGUUCCUGUAAUUCACCCACCGAUGAAUCGAAGAAGAUCAUAAACCAAGGAUUAAGUUAAGCCCUAA